AUGCGAGGGAGCAGCUCCGAACUCCUGUUAGACCCGCAGCAGGAGCUCAGGAAGCGGAAGCUACUGGAACUAGCGGCGAGCAGCAAGGGCGCGAAGAAGCAGAAGCGAACAUGUCGGCAGCGGGCGUGGUUCUAUAGCACAUCGUUCCUGGUGAUGACGUCAGUGUCGGCCGGGUCCUCGCUCCUCUUCCUAGUGCCUCUGUACGUGGACCCGGCGAUCUCGACCCUGGUGGCCGACUUCGCCCCGGAGCCGGUCACCUGCACCACGGUCCGCCGCGAGGAGCUCCUCGGGAUCUUCAACUGCUCCUGGUCGAGCUGCCGCGAGGGCUGCACCAGUGACAUGUACAAGUGCUCCCACAUCUACGUGGCCUACACGGACCACAACGACACUCGCACCGAGGACGCCGUCCUCCUGGUCAACAUCAAGGGCUGCGGCUACCCGCCGGAGGUCAAGUGCGCCAACUUCACCGAGGACUACGGCCAGGAGGGCGCCCAGUUCCCGUGCUACUACUCGCGCCAGAACCGGACGGUCGUCAUGGCCGAGUACGACCGGGAGCGGCAAGUGCGCAUCAUCAGACACUUCUUCGGGCUCCCCUUCCUAGUGUGUUUCAUCACCUCCGUCGCGUUGUGCAUCAUGCAUUGCAGGUGUUCCGCCACCGACCCGCCCAGGACGGUACGCAGGGUCCGAGUUCACAAUGAUGCCAGCGACGGCUCGAUCAGCAACCGAGUGGAGAGGAUGCGGAGAUCGGAGACGGAGGAGCUGGAGGGGGCGGAGCGAGGGCCGCUCUGACACAGGAGCGAAGGCGAGCACAUGACGAAAUCCGUUUCCAGCUCGCUGUAGCACGCUCCUCCGACUCAAGCGAGUGCCGCCCCGUCUCUCCGCCAGAGGGCGCGCAGAGCCUCCACGGGCCCGACCUCGCCCCGCAUUUAUUAGUGAGAAUCCGAAGCGAAACUCGACUCACGAACUGAUAUUUUUGAUGAAAGCUUUUUUAGUACCUAGAGAUUUGUUACCCCCGAGACAAUAUUGGCCUAGCGGUGAGAAUAAGAGUACCUGCGUGUAAAGCGAAAGUAUUCUCCCGCCCUCAAGAAAAACGCCGCAUCAACCUUAGGGUGUUGCCGAAUUUCUUUUGAUGAAAUACGAAUUGAUUAGUGGUAUCGAUGAGGAUCGUUUUUGGACCCACUCUCAAUGUCCUUAACUACAGGGUUAUUCAAAAGUCACGCACCACUGGCCAUAACUUUAAGUUCUAGUUAUGAUAUCCACUUGCGGUUCAAAAAGUUUUUCCUCAUAUUGAGGGGGAAACUUUUUUAUGUACUUUUCCAGUUUUUGAUCCCCUCGGGAGAGGGGGGCGAGGGGAAACUCAAGAAUAUCAAAUGGCCACCCCCCUCAUGGCCAGUGGUGCGUGACUUAUGAAUAACCCUGUACAUGAAAUUUUUCGCUCAUACUUGAACGUCUUUAUAUUACAGGAUGCAUCAUGAUUUGGUCAUUUUCGGUCUGUCUCAUUUAGGGUCUAAUACUGGCCUAAACAUGGGCCUGAAGGCCAAUUUUGGCGAAAAAUUUGAGUUUGCUUGCGAAUGCUGAAAAAUGUGUAUUUUUUGUCAAAAUCGGCCCCCAGACUCAUUUCAGACCAGCGUUAGACCCGAAAGGAGACCAGAAAUGACCAAAUCAUGAUGCAUACCAAAAACAUAGACCUUCGUCAAUGAGCAAUUAAACCAGCGUAGAGUUGAGGAAUUUUAGCUAGGGUGGGCCUAAAAACGGCUCUUAUCUAUACCUCUCCGUUAUGAAGUUUUCCCCCAUUUUUUCGGAACAUUUUGGUCGCAAUUUAAUCUACAAUAUCUGAAAAUUUCAAGGCAAA